AUCUACUUUAAUUGGCCAGAAAUGUCUAUAAAAAGCUAUUUUAGCGAAUAUACACUUUCUGAUUCGCCAUAGCCUUCCCCGUAAACCACCUGGCGCCAGGGCCCAGGGUCCGGCGGCAUGUACCAAAGAACCCUGGGACCGAUUGGCUUUCUUACAACAGAUGCGCCGAUCGCCGGUAUCUUGUAUUGGUGAACAUACAUAGUACUGACAUAGGUAGAAGGAACUUGAUUCUGCCGGUGGCAAUGCUUCUGCCACAAUUACCGUUGAUAGGCAGUCUUCAAAGGCUUAAGAGAAUGUUCCGAUGUUUCUAUCGGAACCGCUAGAUGCUGUCAGACGGUAGCAACGCUAUAGGUACCUAUUUCUAGAUCACACCACGCAGACAAGAAGCACUCUUGAGCAAGCCUCAGCCUUGUUGUGUUACACCCCCGGACGUGCAUGCACAGUCGUUGGCUGUUAUCUUACCUUCGCCUCUUUUUCUUUAAGUCCCUUUUCGUCGACAUCCAUCCUUCUUGUUCCUUCUUGAUCUUGAUGCCAAUUUGGGUUGAAAUCUCUUGUACUCUUCCCAUCGAUCUUAACUUGGCUGGCUGUCUGGUCCUGGAUUUGAGGAUUUGAUGAAACAUGGCUCCCUCAGUUUCCAGCGCCGGCAUUCUACGUCUACCGCCGGUUGCUGCUGCUCUAUUCUUCAGCGCGGUGUUUGGCUUGACUAGUGGUCAUGUGCUGCCCAGGCAGACCAAAACCGUUGAGCUGCACGAGUUGAAUGUUGUUCCUUUUCCUCGGCCAACGGAGGCUCCAGACUUACUUUCCGACUUGCUGUUACGAAGACAAGGACAAAACACCGUGUGCGGCUUUAUCGGGGGUGAUCCAAACCUACCUGCGACAUGCUCGGCAGGGUCCCAUUGCGUAUUGGAACAGGAUCAUGAUGUGGUGGGCUGCUGCCCGGACGGCGGAAGUUGUUCGACGGGUAUAUUUACUGGUUGUGUCGACCGGAACAGCGAUUUGCAGACUGAAAUUAAUCCUUAUGUAUAUACGUGCCAAGGGACGGACGUGUGCUACAAGAAUCGGUUUGCUGGAGGGUAUUUCCAGUUUGGUUGCGGGACUGCAUCAUCGUUAGGCACUACUGUCGAAACGUCUGUCGAUGGCAUGACAAGCUUGGUGUUCGAAGAGACAACAGUCUCGCUGACGGCACUGCCUAGUGUUCUUACUGAGCCGACUUCUAUUGGGUCACUUAGUGGAGGGACUUCUAUCGGCUCACAACCGUCGAGUGCGACUGACGACCCUGACCUAGGUGCUGCUCCUAGUGGAUCUGAUACUAUAUCACCAACUUCAUCAGAGCUUUCGGCAGACCCCUCAGUUACAGCAGACCCUUUGCCUACCUCCGAAUCCUCCCCUGCACCACCAGAGUCGUCCUCCGCAGAGCCCUGGUCUCAACCUGCAUCUUCAGUCGCAUCUUCCUCUUCAUUUACAUCACCAUCAUCAUCGUCAUCAUCAAUAUCAUCAAGUUCUUCACUUACGUCUUCUUCCACAACAUUAUCUUCGUCAAUUACAAGCACAAGUACCGGUCCGAGCAUAACAUCCUCAUUCGGCACAGAAACACCCACGGAUUCUAGCUCACCUACGUCGGGAGUAGGAGCUAAUGGAACUAGUAGGGGGGCUAUUAUCGGAGGUUCCAUCACUGGCGCUGCUAUUCUAGUAGCAAUAAUUGUCGUCCUAGCCUUCUUCUUCCGAAAGAAGCGGCGUGGCAACGAUCGCCAAGGUCCUGGGCCCUUGCCAACCGACGCACCGCCCAGGACUGGUUAUAUCAGUCCAAUGAAAAGUCACGGCGCUGCAUUUGCACCGCUCCCAUCGUGGCAAGAUGAAGAGGAAGAUAGGAGACCUCUAACUCGAUAUACUAGCCAGCCAUAUCGCCCAUUGCCGGAACCACCAACUGCACCACCAACAGGGCCUCUGCCACCACCACCGCCGCAAGCGCAAAAAGGCAUGGCACCAAUUCGAACCGUACCCACGAACCGCGCGUUUCCCCAGCCUCUGCGGUACCACCCGCCAACGAUCCGGCUCGUGCCCCCCAGGGGCGUAGGUGGAGCGGGGCUCACGCCCGUAGCCGAAGAGGAAAACCCGCACGACCAGGACAGCAGCAGUAGCAGUAGCAGCAGUAGCAACAGCAAUAGCAACAGCAACAGCAGCGAUCGAGAGUACGAAGCCGGCAGCGGCCGGGGCCCGACGCCGUCCGAGAUCGACGACUUCUCGCGCGCGUACAUGAGCGCGGGGAUCGGCACCCAGGACCUCGAUGAGGAUCGGCUGCCGCUGCGCUCGGAUGCCGAGUCUCCCGGCGGCAGCUGCAGCCCUCCCCGGUCAAGCAGUAGCCCGGGUAACAGGCCGCUGUGGCAGCAGAAUCGCCAGCAGGGGCGUAAUUUGAUGUGGAUGUAAUUUAAUUAGGCGAGGCUGCUGCCACGGCUGCUACGGACGUACAUAUUAUCACUUGCGAGCUUUUUACAUACAUAGGUACCUAUCUAACCUCAUACAUAUAUGUGUAAUGUUUUUUUUUCUUAUCCGGUCGCUACGAUUUAGCUACCUUUUUUUCCCUUUUUUUAUGGUCACUUUACGACGCGAUACCUUCACCUUACAUAAUGGGAGGUGUCUUUUAUACUAUACAUUACAUAUACAUAUCAACAGGAUUUCUAUAUUUACUUUGGACAGGGACGGGCUGGGUAGGGUAGAGGCAGAAGGGAUGGGAAGGGAUGAAUAGUAUGGCUCAGGGUAUCAUGGCGAAAAAGACUUACGAUCCUUACGUAGCAUGCACCUUAUAUCUAUUUAUGGACUGGACUGGACUGGGCU